GAAGACAGGGUUCCAUCGGCGGGUGGUCCGCCGCCUCCCGGACUCCCCCGGACGUUCAGGCUCCCCCUCCUGUUGGGCCCCGGCCCGUUCCUGCCGCGCGCUUCUGGAACUCUGGCCAAAGCGGGCCGACUCAGGACACGGGUUACUUGAGCGGCGAGCGGGACUGUUUCAGCCCCUCCCUCCGCCGCCGCCGCCGCGGGGUCUGACCAUACCUCUAGUGCGAGGACUCUUCUAGUUCGGAGACAUUUAUUGUUCAAAGUUGAAUGAUCUUGAAGUCGUUGAAUUCUUUAAAGAGGCCUCAUAUAUAGUUUGGCAGCCAAGUAUCUUAUCUCGGGUGCCUCAGUUUGCUCACUUUGCAAAACGAUUAAUAUCUGCCCGCCCUAUUACCACUCUGCGACCUGAGAAUGAAUGGGCCAUCCUGGCACAUUCGAGGAACAGCAAGGAGGCUGGAGCAGAACCGUGACUUGUUGGAUGAGCAGGCACCUCUGGAAGAAUCAGCUGUGUGAGAUGGUACAGCCCAGUGGUGGCCCGGCAGGGGACCAGGACGUGCUGUGUGAAGAGUCUUCUCUGGGGAAGCCAGCCAUGCUGCAUCUGCCUUCAGAGCAGGGCAGUUCUGAAACCCUCCAGCGCUGUCUGGAGGAGAAUCAAGAGCUCCGAGAUGCCAUCCGGCAGAGCAACCAGAUGCUGCGAGAGCGCUGUGAGGAGCUGUUGCAUUUCCAAGUCAGCCAGAGGAAAGAGAAGGAGUUCCUCAUGGACAAAUUCCAGGAGGCCAAGAGACUGGUGGAGAGACUCAACCUGGAGAAGCUCGACCUGAGGAGGCAGAGGGAGCAGGCCCUGCAGGAGGUGGAGCACCUGAAGAGAUGCCAGCAGCAGAUGGCUGAGGACAAGGCUUCCGUGAAAGCCCAGGUGACAUCCUUGCUGGGGGAGCUCCAAGAGAGCCAGAGUUGCCUGGAGGCUGCCACUAAGGAACGACAGGCUUUGGAGGGCAGGGCCCGGGCAGCCAGCGAGCAGGCCAGGCAGCUGGAGAGCGAGCGCGAGGCACUGCAGCAGCAGCACAGCGUGCAGGUGGACCAGCUGCGCAUGCAGAACCAGAGCGUGGAGGCUGCGCUACGCAUGGAGCGCCAGGCCGCCUCGGAGGAGAAGCGGAAGCUGGCCCAGUUGCAGGUGGCCUAUCACCAGCUUUUCCAAGAGUAUGACAACCACAUCAAGAGCAGCGUGGCGAGCAGCGAGCGAAAGCGAGGAAUCCAGCUGGAAGACCUCAAGCAGCGGCUCCAGCAGGCCGAAGAGGCCCUGGUGGCCAAACAGGAAGUGAUCGACAAGCUGAAGGAAGAGGCCGAGCAGCACAAGAUUGUGAUGGAGACUGUUCCGGUCCUGAAGGCCCAGGCGGAUAUCUACAAGGCGGACUUCCAGGCUGAGAGGCAGGCCCGGGAGAAGCUGGCUGAAAAGAAGGAGCUUCUGCAGGAGCAGCUGGAGCAGCUGCAGCGGGAGUACUCCAAGUUGAAGGCCAGCUGUCAGGAGUCGGCCAGGAUUGAGGAUAUGAGGAAGCGGCACAUAGAGGUGUCCCAGGCCCCGUUGCCCCCCGCGCCAGCCCACUCCUUUCACCAGGCCCUGCCCAGCCAGAGGAGAGGCCCCCCCGAGGAGCCGCCCGACUUCUGCUGUCCCAAGUGCCAGUAUCAGGCUCCCGAUAUGGACACCCUGCAGAUACAUGUCAUGGAGUGCAUUGAGUAGGGCCAGCGAGCACAAGGCCACCUGCAGAUGACACGCCCAGGACCAUGCAGUCUCUGCUUUCCUCUCCCACCUGCCUAGUCUACGAUUAAGGGCCAGGUGACAAAGAGCGGGCCACUGCUUUAACGCCCUAGGAGUUGGCUGCAGGGCUUUAUGCUUCAGCCCUGUUGGCCUGCUCAGCCACCUCUCUUAGGUUGGGCCUGAUGCUCUGCUCUCUUUGUUCCAUUCUGUCUGCUUGAGCCGCUUGCCUGCAGGGGCUAAUCCCUCCCCGUCCUUCCACCCCCCACCCAGGAAGUCCAGAAUGGAGGCCAGGGGCUCUCAGGGAGAGCUGCGCCCGCACGCAGAGCUGGGCAGCAGCUCCUCCUCCCACCGGCUGCCGCCUCACCCUCUCCUGUGCUCCAGGCGUGCUGCGCUCUUACCACGCACACCGUUGCGCUUGUCUUGGGCAGUGUGCUGUUCCAUUUUGUGGCCAUAGCCUGGCGCAUUUAAGUAGUCCCAAUUGAUGGACAUUUGGAUUGUUUUCAGUCUUUUUGCUCUCAUAAAUAAUGGUGCGGUGAAAAUCCUUGCAGUGUAUUUUUGGGAUAGAUUCUUGGAAGUGGCACUGCUAAGCGUGUGUGAUGCCUGGGGUGGGUGAUGCCUGGAGCUUGGUUUCUUGCCCCUGCCCCCUGGUUCCCAUGGCCUUGCCAAGGAGGGGGGUGGGCAAGGCUUUGGAUCUUUGCUGUCCACGAGGUAUGCAGUUUUGCUAUUGAGAGCGAGCUUAAGCAUCUUUUCAGAGGAUCAAGGGCCAUUUUCAAUUCUGCUGUGAAUGGGCUGUUUGUAUCUUACGCAUUUCUGUCCUGGGUUGUUAUCUUUUGUUCCUCACUGUUUAGGAGCUCUUUGUUCAUCAGCAGGAUUAGCUUUUGCCUGUGAUAGACUUUUCCCACUUUGACUUUGCUACUGUUGUUUUUUGGCCUUGAAAUUUUUAUCUUUAUGUAGUCAAAUUUAUCCAUUUUUUUUUCCUGGAAGCCAGUUUGCAGUGAAUGGCAUCUUACAAAGGACAGAGGACUCUUCACUUGUUUUGCAAGGUUCUGGACAUUUCCUAGGAUGUGAAAGCCAUGGGCAUUAACCCUGCAGUUGUAGUCGGGGAAUGACGUGCGAAGUUGAGAGAGGAUGCAGCGCGUGCACAUCACUGACCCCGCGCUGCCUCCAUCCUCCUUCCCGCCCUGCUCUGAGCUCCCUGGUUGGGAAUGGGAUGUUGUGAUUCUCUCUCUGGGCUUUCUCACAGGACUUCCUGCUAUUGGGCUGUGAGAGGGCUGACUAGAAUUAGAAUGUAAGACAUUCUAAAAAUAAGCCUGGGCUGGGGGCUUUCUCAGCAUCUGCAGGGGGUGAGGAGUGACUUUUCCAUUUCCUAAAGGCGGGUGUCUAUCAGAUUAAUCUUCGGGAAAACGUUAAAGGCAUGGGCAGGUUCUCUGCUCAGGGAUGCUGUAUUUAAAUCCUAAUCCUGCAAUUUUUCUACAAAAGCACUUUUAAUUCUUUUAUAAGGAGAGUGUAGGGGUGUCCUACGGCUGCUGUAACAAAACACCACAAACUUGGUGGCUUAAAACAACAGGAACGCGUUCUUCCACAGUUUUGGAAGCCAGUAGCGUGAAAUCAAGCUGUUAGCAAGGUUGGUUUCUUCUGCAGACUCUGAGAGAGAAUCAGAUCCAGGCCUGUCUGCUAGCUCCUAGUGGUUGCUGGUGAUCCUUGGUGUUCCCUGGCUGGUAGACCCGUCACUCCAGUCUCUGCCUCUGUGGUCACAUGGCCUCUUCCUCUUCGUCUGCCGGUGUCUUCUCUUCUGUGUCUUACAAGGGCACCUGCCACUGGGUUGGGGCCCACCCAGUAAUGCAGGAUGAGCUCCUCACGUGCAGAUCCUUAACCUUCAUUGCAGCUGGAGAGAUCCUCGUCCCAGAUGAGGUCUCAUUCACAAGCUUUGGGGGUUAGGAUUUGUACCUGUCUUUUCGGGGCCACCAUUCAACCCAGAGCCCACAGAUUAGGGCAGUUGGAGCCUGAAUGGAGGUGCAUCUGGGACCUGCAGCUCUGCUAGAGGAACUCAGUCCCCAGGGUAAUGGUGGCUGCUGGGCUAUAGAGUUUGGUGUGGGGUAGGCUCUUGCAGGCAUGAGGACAUCUUGUCUCCAGGUGGGCACUCCUGCCGGGGCCAGCAGGCAUGGGUGGGAGAGCUGGGUUGGCUCUCCCAGUAGGUAGCUGCUGUUGGACCGCCUGCAUCCCGGGUAAUGACCACUGACUGUAUGAGCGGCCUUCACACUUCUCAAGAGGGUGAACUGAGGCACGUGGGAGCCCUUCUCUGACAAGCACCGUCUUCCGAAAGGAGCUUAGAAAGAAAGAUGAGACCUGGGAGCGGCGAGAGAAGCAGUUGUUCUCCUGAGGAACUUUUCCACGUGGCCCGCGCAGCAGUAGCAUCUGGGAGCUGGAGGAACGCUUGUGCUUGGGCCCCCUGGACCAAUUGAGACUCAGUGCCCUUCCCAGAGGCUGGGCGCCCUUGCUGCCUGCCUCCCCUCUCUCGUUUGCACAGUAUAGAGUUGAUUGUACAUUACACACCAAGGAUGUGAAACCGUACCAUUUGCCCAGAAGUGGGGCAUUCUGCUUGCUUCCUUUCCAGCUUUGCUUAGAUUGGGCUUCCAGAACAACUGGCCGGAUUCUUCCCAGGACGGAACUGGAUUCCUCUCAGGAGGGAACCAGCCUGCCUGCCUUAGCUGUGGCCCCACUAUCCCCACAGCUAGAAGGACAUCCCACCUGGAGCCUGUGGUCACAUGGUCACAUCCCCGUUCAUCCACGUCCCCCUCCUGCCGCUCAAUGCACAAGAGAAAUGCAGGCGACCAAUAGGCACAGUAAGAAAGCACUUCACCCUCACUAGUAACUAAAACACAAACUCCAACAGUAAGCAAAAAAUGAUGUCAAAAUAGCAACAAAUGAAGCCCUACAUAUGACGCCCUGCUGGCAAUGGGCAGGGCACAGGCUUUGUGAUGUCUGCCCCUUCUGAGGGGGCUGUUUGGUGGGAUAGAACAACCACUUAGGAAGUGUCCUCGGCCCCUUUAACCCUAAGCGUUACUGGCGUGCACUGCAGUGGCAGCACUGGGAGCCCCGCGGCUGGCGUGAGGUGAGAGGCUGUGCCCCUGACGACGCGGCACUGCGCAGCCAGCACCUUGAACAUCCUGUCACAUGGAAUACGUGCCGUGGCGUGUUGGCAUGGAUAGGCCGGGAGACAGGGUUAUGUAUAAAGAAGUAAAAGCUGCUAACGUGGAUGGAUGUGGGUGGCUGGGUUACUGGUAAUUAAAAGUUUUUGUUAUGUA